UUUGAGAUUGCUAGUUUCAAUUGCCACGGAAAGGUAGAAGCACACAUCUUCCCCCCUGAAGUGCCUCGAGUGGCCAAAGUCCAACUGGUACAAGAGGUCACUCUCUAUACCACUUCAGAUCAAGUCUGCAGUCUUUAUUGCGCGCUCGUGAAGUGCAAAUCGUGAGACAAAAUGAUAGCACUUGGAAUAUUUUUAGUGGUUUUAGCCAUAUACUUACUGAAGAUUGAUUUCUUCCAAAGAUGCUUGAGAUUCCGGAAGAUCAUUGAUUUCUCCUACAAACUACCAGGUCCACCGAUCACCGAAUUGACCAGAAAAGCCCACAAAGAAAAGGUUCUACCGUGGCUAUUAGAGUGUCGCCAGAAGUAUGGAUCGAGAUUUCUUAUUUGGUUUGGGAAAGACCUCAUAUUCUUCCUCACACAUCCUGAGGACAUUAAAUUUGUCCUAUCAAGCCAAGAGAUCAUCACCAAAUCAGGCAACUACAAGGUUAUAAAGCCUUGGUUGGGUGAGGGACUCCUCACCAGUACAGGCACCAAAUGGCAGAAGAAUCGUAAACUUCUAACGCCAGCCUUUCACUUCAAUAUCCUCAAACAAUUCCAGACGGUUAUGGAUGAUUGCUCAGAAAUUCUAAUAAAAAAGUUCAGUGCUGUAGCUAAUGAGGAACCCGUGGAUAUUUAUCCCUACAUCACCCUCUAUGCCCUGGAUGUUAUAUGCGAGACAGCAAUGGGGAUUAAGAAGAAUGCACAAGAAAAUAGCGAGUCAGAAUAUGUGAGGGCGGUGAAAAAAAUUUGCGAAAUUACUCACCGGAGGUCAUUUUCCAUGAUAUUGCGUAUUCCAUUCUUCUGGAAUUUGUCUUCGUACCGGAAGGUGCAGGACGAUACGCUGAAGAUCCUUCAUGAUGAGACCAGAAGAGUAAUUCAAUUGAGACGAAAAGCACUUGAAAAUCUCAAUAUUAAUACCUCAGAGAUACUCAAUGAAGCUAGUUCGAUGCUGGGAAUGAAGAAGAGAUUAGCAUUUUUGGACAUGUUGCUGAUAGCUCAGAGGGAAGGCAAGGAUUUAACUGAUGAACAUAUUCGUGAGGAGGUGGAUACUUUUAUGUUUGAAGGACACGACACGACAAGCAGUGCCAUUGCUUUCACCAUUUAUCUCCUGUCACAUCAUCCGGAAGAGCAGGAGAUUGCUUAUCAAGAGGUCAGGGACUACGAAGGACGUGAAUUAGAGACAAUGAAGUACCUGGAAGCUGUUAUUAAGGAAUCCUUGAGGCUCUACCCAUCCGUUCCUUUCUAUUCUCGAAUGAUUACUCAAGAAAAGAUCACAAUGGGCGAUUUGGAAAUUCCUUCCGGAGUUACACUCUCAGUCCAACCCUACAUCCUCCACCGUGAUCCUGAAAUCUUCCCCAAACCCGAUGUCUUCAAUCCUGAACGCUUUUUGAACGCUGAGAACAUGCAUCCAUACGCUUAUGUCCCUUUCAGCGCUGGUCCCAGAAACUGCAUCGGACAGAAGUUUGCAAUGCUGGAAAUGAAGAAGACUUUGGCAAAAGUACUGCAUCAUUUUGAAUUUCUGCCUGCGGACGAAAAGCCCAUCCUCCUGGCUGAACUCAUCCUCAAGAGUAACAAUGGGGUCAGAGUGCGACUAAAGAAGAGGAAUUAAGGUAACUUUUUUUCUUAUCUUUUUCUUUCAAGUUUAUAUUGAAUAGAAGUUUUUUUUUCACUGUUACAUCAAUUGAAAGAUUCAACGUUAAUCAUUCCUCUUAAUCCUACAUUGAUAGUCUCUUUCCCUUUCUCCCACACUGCCCAAAUUCCCAUUUCUUAAAGCAUCAUCAAUGUCUUUUUUUUUUACACAUUUAACUAUUUCUUUUUUUUUUUAUAAAAUUCAAAAGGAAUUUAACAACAUUUACCAUUUUCUCUUCUCAACGCACAAAAUCACUUGAGAUCCUCAAUAUUUCGCGUUCCAUUUCUCUUUUUUUUUUCAUUGUUUAUAUCCUAUUACAAAAAUACAUUUAUAUAUUGUUAUUCAUUCUAUUCAGAAACAUGCAAUAUUGCCCAGUAAAUUGUUCUCCUGUUUCUCAUCCAUUAUAUAGGGUACUCUUGUUCUAAGGCAAAGAAGAAACAACAGAGGAAACAUAUACUAGCUUUUAUCAUGGAUUAAUGACUUAAAAAAUGUUUUGUUGUAGCAUCACAAAGCAAAGUAUUAUGAUAUGUUUUUUAAAUAUAAAAUAUUUGCACACUAACUUUUUUUAUCAUUAAAUUCUAACACCAUGAUUCAGGAAAAAUGAUUAGAUAUGGAUUCGCCAUCUAAAUGAUGUUUUUUUCUUGUUUUUAGCUAUUCUAAUGUAUACACGUAUUUGAAUAAAGCGGAAUUUAUUGCUGAAUAUU